AUGGCGAGUUCCGAACAAAGCUUCGUUCCCAUCAAGCUUGAGGUCAACAUCGGAUGCGCCCUCGUCAACGUUCCCAAGACUCGCCGCACUUACUGCAAGGGCAAGGACUGCAAGAAGCACACCCAGCACAAGGUCACCCAGUACAAGGCUGGCAAGGCUUCCCUCUUCGCCCAGGGUAAGCGUCGUUACGACCGUAAGCAGUCCGGUUACGGUGGUCAGACCAAGCCUGUCUUCCACAAGAAGGCCAAGACCACCAAGAAGGUUGUCCUGAGACUGGAGUGCACAGCAUGCAAGACCAAGGCACAGCUUGCGCUCAAGCGUUGCAAGCACUUCGAGCUGGGUGGUGACAAGAAGACCAAGGGUGCCGCUCUCGUCUUCUAA